AGGUGUGAGAACAGAGGCACAGAGCAGAAAGAAAGGAGAAAGAGAAGAAGGGCUCAAAUAAAAAAAAAUUAAGAGUGAACAAAGAUAAAGCAAAGACAAAAUACAAAAUACAAGACUCUUCUUCAGAAGAGGAGAGGAUGCUGCUGCAGCUGAGCAUCUAUGCCUGACUUCUGAGGAGUUCUCAGCUCGGACAUGACUGACAUGCAGCAUUCCUGCAUCUGAGCAUCUCUAGUCCGUGCAUGUGUGUGAGAGAGAGAAAGUGAGGGUUAAUGUGUGUGUGAAGCCAUGGCGAGUGCUCAGCCGGGGGUCCACGCGUUGAAACUCCAACCUCCUUCCGUCUCUCACACGCUGAGGAACGGAAGCAACUUCAUUAAAUGGGAUGAGGAUUUGUCCACUGUCACUCCAGUGACUCUGCAUGUGGAUCCACAUGGAUUUUACCUCUACUGGACCGACCAAAACAAGGACACAGAGCUGUUGGACCUGACCCUGGUAAAAGAUGUCAGAACAGGCAGAAGCACGAAAACACCCAAGGAGGCUAAGCUGCGGGAGCUGCUCGAUGUGGGAAACCUGGUUGGUAGGCUGGAGAACCGCAUGGUUACCGUGGUUACGGCUUCAGAUCUUGUAAACGUCAACCAGCUUAACUUCAUCGCUUCGCAGGAGGACGAAGCCAAGGUGUGGUGUGAGGAACUGUUUUCUCUGUCUUCCAACCUGCUGAGCCACAGUCUCAACAGAGACCAGAGUCUGCUGAAAGCGUACAUCAAGUUAACUCUUCAGCCGAAUGCAGAGGGGAGAAUUCCUGUCAAGAAUAUUGUUCGGCUGUUUUCAUCGGACAGAAAAAGAGUCGAGAAUGCCCUGGAGAGCUGCAAACUGCCCUAUGGACGGGGUGACAGCAUCAAACUGGAAGACUUAACACUUGAAGUUUACCGGAACUUCUUGGAUAGCCUGUGCCCUCGUCCUGAGCUUGGGAACAUCUUCAAACUGCAAGGAGCCAAUGAUAGGAUGCUGUCAGUCGAUCAGAUGACAGAGUUCAUCAACAAUAAGCAGAGAGACCCAAGGCUCAAUGAAAUCCUCUACCCACCUCUUCGUCCUGCACAGACGCACACUGCGAUGGAGAGGUAUCAACAUGACCAGACACAACUGAAGCAAGGCAAGAUCUCCCUCCAGGCAUUCUCCAGUUAUCUGUCUAGUGAUGAGAAUGGAGUCAUUCCACCAGAAAAGCUGGAUCAGUCUGAAGACAUGAGCUUCCCGAUAUCUCACUAUUUCAUCAACUCAUCGCAUAAUACCUACCUGACAGCGGGCCAGCUGGCCGGGAGCUCCUCAGUAGAAAUGUACAGGCAAGUUCUGUUGGCCGGGUGCCGCUGUGUGGAAUUGGAUGUGUGGAAAGGACGGACUGCUGAGGAGGAACCUGUCAUCACUCAUGGAUUCACCAUGACUUCAGAAAUCUCCUUUAAGGAGGUGAUUGAAGCUAUUGCAGAAUGCGCCUUCAAGACCUCACCCUUCCCUGUGAUCCUGUCUUUUGAAAACCACGUGGACUCGUUGAAGCAGCAGGCUAAAAUGGCUGAAUACUGUCGAUCCAUUUUUGGAGAAGCUCUUCUGAUUGACCCUCUGGACAAAUACCCUCUGGAGCCAGGUGUCCCUCUGCCCAGUCCUCAGGAGCUGAUGGGCAAAAUUCUCAUCAAGAACAAGAAAUCCCACAAACCUUCCAAUAACACAGACACAAAAAGACUGACGGACCAACCUGCCAAUCAGAGCAAUGAACCAGUGUCUCCUAGCAACAACACAGGAGAGAUGGAAGCUGAGAGUGAGGAAGAUGAUGAUGAUGAAGAUGAUGAUGGUAAAAAGGGCUCAGCUGAGCGGGAAGCAGUGGCAACAGAGGAAAUGUCAACUCUGGUUAACUACGUCCAGCCUACCAAGUUCAACUCCUUCGAAGCCUCCAAGAAGGCAGCCCGCUGUUACCACAUGUCGUCUUUUGUGGAGACCAAAGCGUUGGAGCAUCUCACAAAGUCACCAGUGGAGUUUGUAGAAUAUAAUAAAUCUCAGCUGAGUCGUAUCUACCCAAAAGGAACCAGAGUGGAUUCAUCAAAUUUUAUGCCUCAACUCUUCUGGAACGCAGGAUGUCAACUGGUGGCUCUAAACUACCAAACUAUUGAUUUGUCCAUGCAGCUGAAUCUCUUUAUGUUCGAGUACAACGGUCGGAGCGGCUACAGGUUGAAGCCUGAGUUCAUGAGGCGCCCAGACAAACACUUUGACCCUUUUACGGAAAACACAGUAGAUGGCAUUGUAGCUAACACCCUCUCUGUGAAGGUCAUUUCAGGCCAGUUCCUGACUGAGCGGAGAGUGGGGGUGUAUGUGGAGGUGGAGAUGUUCGGACUCCCUGCAGACACUCGGCGGAAAGCUCUGAAGACCAAAACGUCUCAGAACAACAAUGCCAUCAAUCCAGUGUGGGACGAAGAGCCGAUUGUGUUCAAAAAGGUGAUUCUUCCUACCCUGGCCUCACUAAGAAUUGCUGCCUUUGAAGAAGGAGGGAAGUUUAUUGGUCAUCGAAUUAUUCCGGUGUCUGCCAUUAGGCCAGGUUAUCGUUACAUCGGCUUGAGGAAUGAGAAAAACCAGUCUCUGAUUCUGCCAGCUGUGUUCGUCUACAUUGAAGUCAAAGACUAUGUCCCAGAUACAUUUGCUGAUGUAAUCGAGGCUCUAUCGAACCCUAUUCGCUAUGUCAACCUUCUGGAGCAAAGAUCUAAACAGCUGGCAGCCCUGACUCUGGAGGAUGGCGAGGAGGACACGCAGACUGAGGAGGAGACUGAAAGCUGUGCAGAGCGUAAGACUGAUCUGAAAUCAGCUCCACUAGAAAACGGGCUUAGCCCGGUCUCUGGCCCACCGGGCCACACCCCCAUCGCCACCACACCCAAAGCUUCUGCAGCCAAUCAACAGGCAGCCACGACAGAUGCAGCCAAACCAGCAGCCAAGACUGAAGACCUGGUUUUAAGUGUUUUGAUAGAUGUCCCAGUGUGCACUUUGGAGAAUCUGCAGCAGUCCAAAGUUUACCAGAAGGAGCAGAGACGCCAGUUUAAAGAGCUGAAGGAGUUAGUGAGGAGACACCAGAAGAAAACGUCAGAACUCCUCCGAGAGUUCAACAAUAAGUACAAGAAGACAGCAAGACAAUGCAGCAAGAACAGGAGUUCGAACUCGGACAGUGAGAAGGACGACCGUCUGCAGCAGCUGAGAGAAGAGCAGCAUCAGCAGCUUCUGGCUCUGAGGCAGGAACAGUACUAUAGUCAGAAAUAUCUGCAGAGAGAACACAUUAAAACGCUGACGGAGCGGCUGACCAGUCUGGCUGAGGAGAGUCACAACACCCAGAUGAAGAAGCUCAAAGACAUCUGUGACAAGGAGAAAAAAGAGCUGAAGAAGCAGAUGGAUCGAAGGAGAACAGAGAAGAUCAACCAAGCAAAGACCAAAGAGAAACAUCUGGCUGAGGAGGAGAAGAUUGAGAUCAAUAAGUCCUACGUCAAUGAAGUCGUCCAGAACAUUAAAAGGCUUGAGGAGACUCAGGCAAAGCGCCACGAGCAGCUGGUGGAGCAACACAAUGAUCUCCUGCAGGAGAUACAAGACCAGAAGCCAAAGCUGCAGGGCUCUGUGGAGGCAGAGUUUCAAGAGAAGUUCCAGCGUUUGCCUGGAGAGAUUCACGACUUCCUGCAGGACAGGAAGUUGGAGGCUCGAGGCCACAGCAAGUCACGACCUUCCACCCCACAUGAAGCUCUUUCAGAGGAGGACUGAAGAGGGGAAAAAAGGAUGAAGGAGCGAGGGGGAACGAGGAACGAGAACAAUUGGAUCAAUGGAAGCAGCGUGGAGUAGAUCAAUGAAAUGCAAAGCAUGAGAAUAAAAGAUAACAAGAAGUAUUGAUGAAGAGGACGUGAAAGAGUAAAUAAUCAAGUUUAUAUAGACUGUUACUUCUUUUUAAUGGAAGAAUGCUUUAACAAUUUAUUUUUUAUUCCAUUCUAGCAUGAACUUUGUGUGUUUAAUACAAGUGUUUAAUCAGACCCCGUUUAGUCUUGCAUUAAGUCUUCUAUUCUGUCAUCUGUUAUUUUAGACCUCAACAGUUUGUACUGCAUGACUGCAAAUCAAUCUAUCUAUCUAUCUAUCUAUCUAUCUAUCUAUCUAUCUAUCUAUCUAUCUAUCUAUCUAUCUAUCUAUCUAUCUAUCUAUCUAUCUAUCUAUCUAUCAUCUAUCUAGCUAUCAUUUGAAGAUCACUGAACAUACAUCAGGCUCUGUCUUAUUGGAGAGAAAUCUUUACAAAUAUAGAGUUUUCAACAGAGUUUCAACAAAUUCUAAGCAGCUGUUUGCCCUUUUUACUUGUCCAGUCUGCUAUAACAAUGUCAAAAAAUUAAAAAAACUACAAAGCUAGAACAAUUCCAUCCUGGAGCACUCGGCGCCAUGCUUUUGCAAACACAAUCAGCACACUUGGUCUGGUGCUGCCAAGAAUAAAAUGCACUGUAGCAUUUGUUUGAGCUGAGAGUUUUU